GUAAUAAAUGGCCGGUUGUUGUUCGAUGUUAUGGUUUAACACAAAAUCCAUCAAAUGGAAAUUAUAUGCUUGUAAUAUAUAAAAUGGAUAUAGAUUUAAGAAAAUAUUUACAACAAAAUCAUAAUCAACUUACAUGGAAAGAUAGAAUGAAAAUUAUUGAUGAAAUAACUGUUGCACUUUAUUAUAUUCAUAAAGAGAAAGCAAUUCAUAGAGAUUUGCAUUCUGGAAAUAUAUUAUAUUCACAAUUUAAUAAUUCUUGGUGUGUUAGUGAUCUUGGAUUUUGUGGACCUGCUGAUAAAUCUUCAACAAACAGUCCUUACAUAGCACCCGAAGUUAUUGUUGGAAGAGAAUAUACUUUUGCAUCUGAUAUUUAUAGUAUUGCAAUUCUUAUGUGGGAAAUUUCAUCUGGACAAACACCAUUUAUAAAUUAUGAACAUGAAAAUGAUAUUGUAAUGAAUAUUAUUAACGGUAUAAGGCCAAAAAUUGUGCCAGGAACUCCAUUAGAAUAUAAAAAUUUAAUGAAAGAAUGUUGGGAUGCUGAUCCAUUAAAAAGACCUAAUAUACUUACACUUUGGAACAAAAUAAACAAUAUUAACUUACAUUAUCAAAAUAUGUCAGAUGAAUUAUUUAAAUCAGAAAUGGAUAAUUUAGAAAUGAAUAAAGUAGAAGAAAAUUAUACGAGUAGCAGAUUAUUUACAAGUAAAAUUCAUAACUUUGGAAAUCUACCUGAACCAAGAAAUGCAACAGAAGUGUUUCAUAGUAAAUUGUAUGAUUUUAACAUUCCUAACGAUAUUAACGACUUUAAUAAAUCAAAUGAGCAGAAUAGUAGCAAGUCAUCAAAAGUAAUAACUAUUUUUAGAGAUAGUAAUAAAAAAUUAUCCAAAUUAUUUAAAAAGUUGCAAAUAAAGUCAAAUGAUGAUGACGAAGUAUAUAAUAAUCCAAACCUUCAUUCAAAAGAGCAAGAUGAACUGGAAAUUCCUGAUGAUGGAUUUUAA